AUGUCCGGCCAAGACUCUCACAGCGCCUCUUCCUCGUCCCAGGACCCCGCGGAAUACCUGCGCUCUGCGACGUUCGCCCGGCCAGACGGCGUCCCCGGCGCGCCGGACGAGGCCGUCACCGCCUCGGACCUCCUCCAGGGCGCCUUCGACCCCGCCAGACUGCACCCGCUCGCCGGCCUCAGCGACAAGCUCGACUACCUCGUGCUCGACGACGAGAAGACGAACGAUCUGCCCGGCGCAGGAACCGCGAUUCCCUCCCGCGGCUGGAGUGACGACCUCUGCUACGGCACGGGCACCAUGUACCUGAGUGGCCUCGCCCUCGGUGGUGCGUGGGGCAUCCGCGAAGGCGCACGUCGCCCGCUGGCCGUGUCCAACGCGCGAUUGCGGCUCAACAGCAUUCUCAAUUCCGUUACCCGAAGAGGAACCUUCAUAGGCAACUCUGCCGGCGUUCUUGCCCUCACGUACAACGCGAUAAACUCUUCGAUCGAUGGCUUGCGAGGAAAGCACGACACUUUGGGCAGUAUGUCCGCCGGCGCGUUCACCGGCGCGCUUUACAAGUGUACCGCCGGAGUCAAACCGGCCCUGGCAGCCGCGACGAUGGUGUCCGCCGGUGCAGGGAUAUGGAGUUACAUCAAGACGAGAAUCUGA